AAUCCAAGCAAACAAGCAUCAAAUGAUACCCAAUUAAAUAGAUUAGAUAGCCACUGUAUCUAAGUAAGUACCAGAUAGAGAUAGAGAUUUUGAGAGGCGGAAGAAUGGAGAAGGUAAUACCUACAGUAACAUUGAGUUCCGGGAGUGUGAUGCCGAUAUUAGGUAUGGGCACUGCUGCAAACCCAUUAGUUGAUUCAGAAGAAGGGAAAUUGGCAAUUUUGAAUGCUAUCAAGACAGGUUACAGACAUUUUGAUACAGCUGCUGUUUACCAGUUUGAAGAAAUUCUUGGUGAAGCUAUAGCUGAAGCACUCCAACUUGGUUUAAUAAAAUCUCGAGACGAACUCUUUAUAACUUCUAAGCUCUGGCCAUGUGAUGCUCACCCUGACCGUGUCAUCCCUGCACUUCGGAACUCUCUACGGAACCAGAAGUUGGAGUACCUUGAUCUAUAUCUGAUACACUUUCCAAUAAGCGCGAAACCAGCUGCAGGGCUUGUGUUUCCACUGCCAAAGGAUGCUUUGCUAACAAUGGAUUACAAGUCUGUAUGGGCAGCUAUGGAAGAGUGCCAAAAACUUGGUCUUACAAAGUCAAUUGGUGUCAGCAACUUCUCUUGUAAGAAGCUUCAAACCAUUUUGUACAUUGCUAACAUCCCUCCAGCUGUUAACCAAGUGGAGAUGAACCCAGUUUGGCAGAACUUGAAACUGAGGGACUUCUGCAAGGCUAACAGUAUCAUUCUCACUGCCUACUCGCCUUUAGGAGGCCAAGGAGCCCCGUGGGGGUCUAAUGCAGUCUACGAAGCCCAAGUUCUGCACGAAAUUGCUGAGACUAAAGGGACAACUCACGCACAGGUUUGUCUGAGAUGGGUAUACGAGCAAGGAGUGAGCUUGCUAAUGAAGAGCUUCAAUGAGCACAGGAUGAAGGAAAACAUGAUGAUUUUCGAUUGGGAACUCGGUGUAGAUGAACUGGAAAAGAUAAGCAAAAUCCCACAAAGUAGAGGACUCUCAGGUGCUGUUUUUGUCUCGGAACUUGAAGCAGCCCCUUUCAAGACUCUCGAAGAAUUCUGGGACGGAGAGGUUUGAUUCGACAUGCACAGUUUUUCUAUAGGUGAAACAGGACAUUUUGCCUCACUGCACAACAACAAAAAAAAGAAAAAUGUAAACUGUGUGAAAUGGCUCUAUUGGGAGAGGGUCCUGUAGUUAUCUGUUUGGGGACUCUGGUUAGAAAUCACAACCGAUACGUAUUCCCACAUUUUCAGACGUGUUUGUGAUCCAACAAAUCCAACUUGUCCUUGGAUGAAUCCCGUUGUCUUUAUAUGGCUGUUCCAAUCAUAUAUGUCUUAUCCACUGAAACAUUAUGUUUUCUCCUUGACUUGAAUGGGCAUAAUUCAUAUCGAUUAAUAU